UCCUUGUGAUUGGAUGUUGUGGGACCCACCUAAGACGGCGGCUUCUCAUUCGUCAGUCUGUGGCAGUUUGAAUUUGGUGGCGGCGGUCUCACGUCCGGAUAGCCACGGAGCCGCUCCCUCCUCUCAGCUGCAGCGGCGAGGUUUUUCUCAGCCCAUAUCGCGACCCGCAGCUCCCCGCAGCCUCCACCCGAGCGCCAUGGCUCCGGCUAGGAAGGGCGGCAGUCGGGUCGCCAAGACCAACUCGUUACGGAGCCGGAAGCUCGCCUCCUUUCUUAGGGACUUCGACCGUGAAGUGCAAAUCCGAUCCAAGCAAAUUCAAUCAGACAGGCAGAACCUCCUCAAGGAGAUGGAUAACCUGUACAACAUCGAGAUCCUGAGGCUCCCCAAGGUGCUGCGCGAGAUGAACUGGCUCGACUACUUUGCCCUUGGAGGAAACAAACAGGCCCUGGAAGAGGCAGCAACAGCUGACCUGGAUAUCACAGAAAUAAACAAAUUAACAGCAGAAGCUAUUCAGACACCCUUGAAAUCUGCCAAAACACGAAAGAUAAUAAAAGUGGAUGAAAUGAUAGUAGAAGAGGAAGAAGAAGAAAAUAAAAAUAAGAAUCUUCAAACUGCAAGAGUCAAAAGGUGUCCUCCGUCCAAGAAGAGAACCCAGUCCGUACAAGGAAAAGGCAAAAGCAAAAGGUCCAGCCACUGUAACACUGUCACCCCAGCUGGGGGCCGGUUGGAGUUGUCUAUGGUGAAACCAACUCCAGGCUUGACACCCAAGUUUGACUCAAGGGUCUUCAAGACCCCGGGCCUGCGCACUCCAGCAGCCAGAGAGCGGAUCUACAAUAUCUCCAUGAAUGGCAGCCCUCUUGCCGACAGCAAAGAGAUUUUCCUCACGGUGCCGGUGGGCGGUGGAGAGAGCAUGCGAUUAUUGGCCAGUGACUUGCAGAGGAUGGACAUCGCACAGCUGGACCCAGAGGCCUUGGGAAACAUUAAGAAACUCUCCAGCCGCCUUGCCCAGAUCUGCAACAGCAUACGGACUCACAAAUGAGGCUGCUGUCUCAAGAAGCCAAACUUGACAGGAUGGACCUUCAACGGGCACUUCUGGGACCCUGAAGAGACUUCUUCCCUUCAGGCUUAUUGUUUGUUGGAGCGUGAAGUUCCAGAGCAGGGAGUGGUGUUCCUCUGGGAGAAUUUGGGAAGCGGGGGAGACGCGCUGCUCCCCCCAUCGGUUAGAUAAAGCUUUGCUCUUCACACCUCCCAACCCAACUGCCUCCCGCAUCCGUGCAGUCGAAACUUCCUGUCAUUCUCCUGGCAGAAUUCUCCUUCCUGCUCUGAGCUGCCACCUUCUGCCUCCUGUAACCCAGCAUCCUCUCUGCCCCGCCCCUAUCCCAGUGGAGGUGGCGUGAGAGCAGCUCAUGUUCCCAGGAAGACCGCCUGCUCCCCCUCGUUGGAGAACCCUCUGCUCGAGGCUGGGAAUUUUAAGCUCAGGGAAGCGUGAGCUCUGGGCCAUUGGAGGACAGAUCCGGAAAGCUGGGAGGAACUGUACAGAUGGGAACAGGACAGCAGGAUGGGAUGUAUCCUGGCAGUAACCACAGCAGAGCACAUCUCACCCCGGCCCCCAUCCCUGCUUUCUCCUGUGGUGGAUACUAAAUGGGCCUUCAGGAUCUUCUACCCGCUGUGCCCAGUAGGCUUUUCCAAGCCGACUUGUGGAACAGUGUUUUGUAUUUAUCCCUUUACCGAAGACCAAAAAUUGGUUUGGAGGCAGCUUCCAUGUCUGGCUUCUCUACCUCCCUAGUUGGUAGGAAUUUGGCUAAGACAAUUCUAGGGCUUAGCUUAGUCUAGGGUUUUUAUGGGACCGGCUGCAGAGGAACCGUCUCCAAGCUCUCUCUAGUCCAGUUGUCCCUGCCAGGUUCACAGACUUUGCAGGGACUGCUUCCUCUUACGGGGUUCAUUGGGGGGCAGGUGUAACUUGCCUGGUGGCCUCACUCCCCAUGUUUAGCCUGUCCUCCGGGCAUUGACUAGUUAAUCAGAGUCAGCACCAAGAUCCCUGUGCUCCAGCCAGCACCUCCGCCCCAAAGAAUCAUGAGAUGUGGUCCAAAACUAGGGGAGCCAAGAGUUCCCUCCCCGGGCUCGAGGGCACUGGGAUCUAGGGUGGCUCUGUGUUCUACCUGGUGUUACUUUGCUGCGUGGCCCUCCUAGCGAUCCAGUCCUGUUGCAGCUGUAUUCCUUUUAAGCUGUUUUAUUCUCCCUUUCCCGAGACUGUGCAUAUUGUGUUCCUGAGCAAUGGCAUCCCUAAGCUGUUCUAAUUCGAGCUACUGAAAGUUACCUGUUUUCAAUAAAUUGUGGGUUUGUUUUUAA